CAGAGGGCAAAAAAACCUAGCCUAACCUUACCAUACUUCACCUCACCCCAAAUAAAACCACCAACUUUUAAAAAUAUGUUUCCAUAUCUACGGGCUCAAGACUGACUGCAUCAGCAGGCUCCAAGAAGGAUUUUGAGAGACCGUAUGGACCCCUUUCAUUGCCACACUGAAGAAGACUGUCUGACUGUCUUGAGAUAUCUCAACCUGCUGUGUCUCGAUGCAUCAGUCGUGUAUCUAAAGCAGUUGGAAUGCUUGGCCAUCAAAUCAUCAAGAUGCCAGCACCUAAUGAAACCCUGCAGGUGAUGGAGCACUUUAAAACAUUGCUGACAUGCCUGGAAUCAUAGGUUGUAUAGAUUGCACACAUAUCCAGAUAACUAAACCUCCAGGAGAUCGUUCAGAGACAUUCCGGAACAGGAAAGGAAAGUUCUCUAUAAAUGUGCAGGCAGUUUGUGGACCACAAUUACAGUUUUUCAACAUAGUAGCAAAAUGGCCUGGUAGUGCACAUGACAGCAACAUCUUUAAUAGAAGUCGUUUGUGUGCGGAGAUGGAGGAAGGAAUACACAGAGGUAUAUUGCUAGGUGAUGCAGGCUAUGCUUGCAGAAAUUUUUUGUUCACACCUCUCAGAAACCCACAGAGUGUUCAGGAGCGCAGGUACAACACAGCUCAGGUCAAAACCAGAAAUUGUAUAGAGAGAGCUUUUGGUGUUUUGAAGAGGCGUUUUGCUUGUCUCGGUAAAACUUUGUGCAUCAGUCUGGACAACACCUUAGCAGUCAUUGUUGCAGCAGCUGUGCUACACAACAUAGCCAUUCAAGAAAAUAUUCCCCUGCCAGAUGAACCUGAAAUGGAUCAAAACCAUGAUCAUGAGGCAGAAAAUUACCCUGAAAUGCAGGCUCAGGUAAAUGGUAAUGUUGCAAGGCAGCGAUACAUAAGAGAAUAUUUUUAACACUGUUCUCGUGAUCAAAUGAUGUAAUGUACAAGUGCACAAAAUGGAAAUGAAUGUACUGUCCUUCAGUAACUACACUGGUUUGAUUUAUAAAAAAACUUUGAUUGAUAAAAUAUUUAUUAAAUCCUUUAUGAGUAACACAACAAAUGAAUUAAUCACUAUAAAAUAAAUAAAUAAAUAUUUCCAUAAAUUCUUUGAAGAUCUGUUUGUCCUUAAUUCUAACCACAGCCAACAUGACAUAGCAGACAAUGAAUGUUCAGGUACCAUUUUUUUUUUUUUUUAAUGGGAGUGGGAAAAUUUGUGAAAAAAUAAAUGCAACUGAAACUAAAG